AUGAAUCCCACUGAUUCACUGGCUUGUCAUCAUGCACCACCGACCCUGUCUGUCUCACCACGCCCAGACCACCCUUUAACUCUGACUCGAUCUAAAUCAGUUUCCAUCUUAUUGAAGCCUGUUCCAGAGAACUCAUCUCCAGAUCGCCCCGCUGGGUUGGCCACUUGUGUUCCAACAGUCAGAGGCACUGACCAUUCAAACCUGUCAAUUUCAGAAUUCUCUUGUUGGCAGGCUCAGGCCAAGAACAUGUUCUUCCCCACAUUAUCGCAUGCUGAUUUUCAGCGACAGCAUGUUUCCCUCCAUCUACCAGAGACCUGUCUCUGGGCAGACUCUGCUACCAAGCACAUGGAGGCCAGUAGCCAUUCUUUCUUUGGCCUUAACAUUCAGGCACUCUUGGCAAGACAAAUGAAAAGAAGAACGGAUUUUAACACUUUCGAGAAGAAAGAAAAGGAGGAGGCACUAUUUUCAAAACAAAUGUGGUCACAAAAACAACAGACAUCUUCAGGAAAUUCACUGAAGCCAUCUGAUCUGCAGGACACCACAGACGCCAAAAGUGGCUGGGACAUCAAAGGCAAACCAGAGCAGCUGCGCAUUUGUCAGCAGCUACUGUACGUCAAGACUUUGCAGGAAAACUUGCAGCAAAAAUAUAGCCAGCUCUUCUGGGGUCUUCCCUCUCUGCACAGUGAGUCCCUAGUGGCCACUCUCCUGGUUUCUAGUAGUAGUUCCCCACUAGAGUCUCCUUUUGUCUUAUUCAAUGGAAUCUGCAAUGUUUCUGCAGUCAAGAUGUGGGAUCAAGAAUUUCCACCACUUCCCCGUGCCCAACCUCUUCCCCUCCCCAGUGUACAUCCCCAACCCUUGCCUCAAACCCUGCCCCAAUCUCAGCACCUACCUUUCACGCAGGUCCAGCCCCAGGCCCACCUUCAAUCCCCACUCCCAAUCCUACCUGCCUCUCCAUCCCAGAUUAGGAACUGUGGAGUGUCUUUCCAAAGACCCCAGAAUGAGUCAGACUCUCAUAUCUCAACUGAAAAUCAACACCUAGAGUGGCACGUGUUGCAGAAGCAACAGGAAAGUUUGCGGGGUGUAGUCCCUGGGUUCCAAAAAUCUCAAGAAGCCAUUUUUCCUCGAGCUCCCAAGCCUUCAUCGGUCAGCCAGUCGUCCCACGCCUAUGUACCAGUCUCCAUCCUUCCUGGCCAUUUUCAUAUUACCAGUGAGCCCCAGGAGAAACUGGAGCUCCACGCUCCAAGGAGGCUAAUCCCACACUGCUGCCUCCACACCUGUAGGAAUCUAGAGUUUCUAGCACUGAGGGAGCCUCAGUGUAAAUUCACAGAAACAUCUCAGCAGAAAGGCAGACACGCUCAUUCACAGCUCUCUGAGCUUCACAGCCAGAGUAGCGAGGAUCUAGCAGAGACUGAAUUGAGUCUCCCAGGAAGCUUCCACGGGAGGAUCCCAACAAACCGUCAGCUAAGGAAGGACAUGAGGAGGAAUCUUGGGUAUAUCCUAGAGAAGAGCCCAGAAGACAGCCCUCAAAGGGUCUCUGAAUGCUACCUAGUGAAGGGUCUGAGGGCUGCCUCAGAGACAAAAAGUAACUGUGUGUGGCACUCAAGCAUUCAGUCAGGGAAUGAAUUCUUAAAUGUCUCAAGGAAGGACAUAGACCAAAAUGAAAUCAAAACCAUUCUUACAUUACAUCUAAGCAAGAAGUUUUGGCAGAUCACUGAGGGGAGGAUCCCCCUAGGGGUGUGUCUUUCAUGGCUGGCUGAUGACAAGCCAUCUGCUCCUCCUGGGAGUUCCCACACCAAUAUGAAAAGCAGAGAUUCAAAAAACACAAUAGUAGGUAGGGUCUACCACCAGAUUACCACUCUAGAGCUUUCUUUUCUUGAUCCCAAUACCCGACAGGUGCUAGAAGCCCAUAUUAUAAGGUUUCGUGUGAGUCAGAGGUGGGGCCUACCCCUCAAAGUUCUUGAAUCUAUAAAAUUCUAUAAGUUAAGAGAUGCCAAAACACGGCCUCUUCCCCAAUUUGACUUUCUCUCCUCAGCCACCUGUAUUUCUGGGGUGGAUUCCAAAGCUGAGGUUUCCAAGCCCCUGCAGGGAAGCUCUCAAAGUUUUCAGGGAAACAAGGUGAGAACAACAAAUUCAGUCCCCAUCCUGGAUCAUCCUCUCCCUGCUACCUCAUCUGUGGGCAAUGAAGGACGGGGAGCCCUGAAACCAUCCCACUCCGAUACCGAUUGUGAGCUUGCCGAGGAUGUCCAGACAACUGAGCACGGCAGACAGACUUUAGAGCCCCUCCCACACAGCAUUAAAGACGAAGUGAAUCAGAGUAAGACUGUACUACACAAGAGAUGCAGUCCAGAAGUGCCCACAAGGCAAGCUGGGGCUGGACAUGAGCCAAGCGGUGAGAAUGUGGGCUCCAGUGAGAGAGUACAAACGAUUCAGGGCCAAAAGACGGUGGAGAAGAAGUUAGAACAUUUUUCCAUGUCUGCCAUGAACUUCAGGGAGAUAUUCAAGGCUGAGGAGCUGUGUGCUCUUAAAUCACAAUCCUGUGACAUCUUGACAACCAGCGAGUUACGAAGCUCCCAAAUGGUAAGUGUCAAUACAAGUAAAGUAGAAACUACCCUGACCACCGAAUGUCCCUCACCAAAAAUACCACUUCUCCAAGAUUCUAAACUACCAGACGUUAAAAAACAGCUCCACAAUGAGUUGAAGUUUCAACUGAAGAGCAGAGGGAACACCCAGGCUCAAGCCUGUCACACUGACAUGUCCUUUACUUUAGAUAGCUUGCCUUCCAACUCCUCCCUGACUCAGUCCCAGAGCAUCUCCAGUGGGGACAUGGGAGCCUCCCAGGUGCUGCAUGUCCACUUGGAGGACAAUGGAGAUUGGCAACAGCCCUGGGUCUCUAAGUAUGUCUUAUGCAAGUGCCAGCAUAUGAAUUUCCCACCAGCUGCAAAGAGAGUGAGACCUCUGCGCUCCAAAGCAGGAGAAUGUGGAAGUGAGGAUUCAGGAGCUGGGACAUCUAAAGCCAGGCAGAAGAGACACCCUGUUGAGGACACAGAAUUAGAGGACACUUCCCUGUCUCUGUCACAGAAUGAACAGCUUCCUCCUGAAAGUUACUUCAGAAAAAAAAUGAGGCAAUUUUUUCAGUGGCUUUCUUCCAAGAGAACAAUCACAGGGCAGGAAAGUCCCCAGCAAAAAGCCAAGUUCAUAUCAACCUUUGCGCAGCACCAAGACCCCGCUGAAAGUGCAGCUCUCCUUGAGAGUUGUGGGCCUCCUGAAGCUCAUGAGCUCAUGAUAGCCAUUGGGAAGAUCCUAGAGGAGAAACUGGCACGUAGGUACGAACCUGAGCCCUCGGAGUUCAGUCAGCAGAAGGAGGAACUGCAGGCCCAGGUAGAGCCUGACAAGGCACAUCCCUCCAACUAUGGGGCUCUCUCUGACCCACAGCAAGGGGCAUGGGCAGGUACCAAGUCUUGCAGCCAAGUCUCUGCUGAUCAGAGUUGA